AUGGUGUCUUUCAUAUUGAAAGCCGAUGAUAGAUGGCCUGGGUUCUUACGCAUCACACCUUAUCUCUUCUUGAUCAUUCUCGGGAACUCGAUUGCAAUGUUCGGUAUACAAUUUUUUUCGGGUGGAAAAGGAAUAUAUCCCGAGGUGGAUGAGAGUGAUAUGCAUUUCACUACCGCAACCAAACUCCCCACCAUACUUUCACCCAGCAUCCUCAACAUCUUCUUCAGCUUCCUCUCCCUCUACACACACCACCACAACAUCGCCUCACCCUCCCGCACCCUCCUACUCUCCACGCUCUUCCUCCUCAUCUGGAUAGGCCAAUUCACAUUCUGGACCUCCUGCGACAUCGCCUCUCCCUCAGUCGUAGCGCCCAUCCAACUCAAAUUCUGCGACUCCUGGCGUCCAUUCGCCGAAUUCGGGGAAUUGAAUAACGAGUGGUUGAUGGCGCGAUUCGUGCUCGGAUGGAGCACGCUGACGUAUUGGACGCUGUUGGUUAGUUUUUCGGCUGUCGCGAUGUGUUGUGAGAAGCUGAGAGGAGACUUUGAGAGGUGGAGUGAGGAGGAGAGGGCGUGGAAGGCGUUGGAGGGACAGGAGGGUAUGGUGGGGGAAGUGGGAGGGGAUGAUGAGGAAGAGGAAAUCGAUGAGAUGGAUGUUAUUUUGUCUUGGAGACUUUGUACGGCUGCUGAGACGAAUGGGAUGGCAGUUUGA